AAGAGCCUAGCUGGAGCUGCAGCACAAACGUUAUCAUCCGAUUCAUGUUUAUCUCCUGCAGUCGUUCUUCCUCUGCACUGACCACAGCAUCUUUACCCUGUCGGUCAGAGCAGACACAAGCCAAUGUGACAUUAGUAUGAACAAUAGUGGAAACUAACUAAUUACCUUUACUCAAGUUCUGCGUUAUACACACAAAUUCAAAUCCAAUCUACUUUGGUUUGACUGAAAGACUUUAAUUAAUUGGAAGUGUACCAGAUCAACACCGUCUCUAUUCUACUUUUACUUAGUACCAUAUUACUAUUUUCUCUCAUAAAGCAUUCUAGAAAGUUGUUGGGACAUUAGGGACCCAUAAAGAGCUACUGAGAUGCUUUCCAUUUCUUGUUAAAAGUUUGUACUCAUUUGUUUGUAAUGCACAUGCGUGUGCACAGACAUCUGUGUGUUCAGCAGUGGUCUUUAUCAGUGAGUGCCAGCUGGCAGUAACACACACACACUCCGUCUCAGAGUGAUCGUAAAGAACACAGUCCUCUCCUGACAACAGGCAGCACUGAAGUGACUGGUAACCAUGAAGGGGCUUCUGCUCCUGUGUCUGCUCCUCUUGAUUGGAGGUCAAAGGUCAUCAGCUUGCCCCCACCUCUGCUCCUGUCAUGGCGGUAAAGUAGAUUGCAGCAGCAGGUUUCUCACUGUCUCCUUGCUACCCACCAGUUUCCCUGGUGGGACCACCGAGCUCCACCUCCACAACAACCAGCUGACCACCCUCCCUAAUGGGUUCCUGGAUGAUCUGAUCUCCCUCCGCUCAGUCACUCUUCAUGGUAACCCCUGGGCGUGUGACUGUGGCAUCCUCUACCUGCGAGCCUGGAUCCUGCAUCAACCCACCAGCCUUAUAUCACACCUGGGCAUCAACUGCAGUUCCCCUCCCGGCCUGAGGGGGCGGCUUGUGGUGUACUUAACCGAGGAGGAGGUCCUGGAGACCUGCCACUACUGGUACUGUGACCUGGCUUUGGCUUCGCAGGUGUGUCUCUUUGUGUUUGUGGUGGUGCAGGCAGCUCUGCUGGUGGCUCUCAUUGUGUUCCUCAGGAGGUUCGAGAGCCUGUCCAAAAAGGCACGGAGAACCACAGAGGAGAGCUUCACGGCCAGGGAGGGUCUGAGGGAGAACGAGUACAGUCCUUUAAAGGACAGCAGCAACUGAGAGGGAGCUAUGAUGUGUUUGACAACAAAAGAAGAGAAAGAUCUGUUUGUGCUCUGGAGAGAAAUGGUCAGUCACAUGCUUUUGUGUCUCAGACUAUAAUUCAUCUUUUGCACAAACAGGAGACAAGUUAAAGGAAAAACCUGAAUAAAUGAGUGGAGAAACAAACCCAGAUGUUCUCAUGCAGGGUACAAGUGGUA